UUUGCCUUCAUGAAGUGGACUGCGAGACCACUUUGGUGUGACUGACCAAUAGCCUGCCUGAUAUCACCCGUCUGAGGACAUGGCUGAAAUGCUCGGACUGGCCUGUACUUUAAGUACGGAUAACACACUCAAAACGGCCAGUCUGUACAUCGAUUCCAUCUUUGCAGCCCAAACGAAUUCAUUUCCGUCGACGACAGAGGACAACCUAAAGAGGCUCCGUGGAGAAGCAUGUGAUGACUCACGCAAGGCAGAAGGGUUCCCUCAGGCAGAGCCGCAGUAGUGCUGAGUGGUGGGACAACUGUCCUCUUAGGCCACAUGGUGGCAAUAUGGGCAGCGCCAGGCCUGAGCGCUCACUACGAUUUGGAAGGACAAAGAAGAUAAGUAAGAUCAUCAAACAAGGUAAAGACAUGGCCAAGAGGAUGACUCACAAAAGGGGGAGAAGAGAAAAAUCCGAUAAGAACAGAAAACUUGACCGGAGACGUGACAAGAAACGGGACAGGAAGUGUUAUCCUUUGAGGGGGAGGGCUGGGGGUUCAGGUGGGGAAGGACUCAGCUGCCAUGUCCUCCUCACCCGAUUGGAGGAAAGCAACCGUGAAAAGAAGAGUUCUGAAGAAAGGGAAGGAAACAAUGCACGCCGACAUUUAUCCCUCAAACCCAAACCCAAAAAAGGGAAAAGCAAUGAAAGAAGAGAGGAAAAGACAUCACCAAAAAUCAAAUCAAAGUCAGUUAGCCCAAGUCAUGGUGAAUGUAUUCAUGUCUUACAACCACGCAAGCGCCGACUGGCUUCUCUCAAUGCUGAGGCAGUGAACAGUCUACUGCUUGAAAGAGCUACUGACCCUCAGCCAGCAGCCAAACAGGCCAAGAGACAGGAAGAACACACAAAUGGAGGGGGUUCCCAAGAUGCAGAACCAGCCAGAAGUGGUGUGCCUGGAGGUCUGAAGGCUUCACGAGGAAAGAUCAAUAAAGUCACCACAUCUCACAGACCUGACCUGUGCCAAAGCCUUAAGUCGGUCAAGAAGGCCAAACUCAACCAAGGCGAUGAGAGCGGCAGGAUGAGUCAAGAGAGUCUGGAUGCCCCCGCCCCCAGACGAUUGGCUGGACUCAACGCUGCAGCCCUGCUGAAGUUAACCAGCUCCUCUGCCACCAGUAAACAGAGAGUAAAGGCUGCACCCACAGCUACUAUCACAUCAGACUGCAAGGCUCCUGCUGCAGUCUCAACCCUAAAACAGCACACCAGAGUCAAACUUAAACAGAAAGGGCGAUCUCAAAAGCAGAAGGGGAAAAAGACCCCUCCCCUGCACAGCAGCUGCAAAGCCUGCAAGAAGAAGGCUGACUUUGAGCCCAAAGUGGAGUGGGAGACCGGCAGCUGCACCCAUAGACUGACCAAACCAGGCUACCAGUCACGCAGCAUGCUAGCAUACCCACUACAGCAAGUGAAGGAGGAGCAGCUGGAGACCGAACUGAGCCCAUACUACUGCUGUCCCCCAGAGGGCUCAGUGGAAUACUGCCACCGCUUGGCCUUCUUCCUGGGCCAGCAGUCCUACGGAGAAUCAGACGACCAGCCUCUUAACACAGCCAUGACCCCUGUGAAGCGCGAGUGCCUCGUAACCUCACCAUCCCUGACCCAUUCCCACCCACACACAGCCCUGACUCUCAGCCCCCACCCCUGCCUCUGCACCGCUGACCACUGCUUCUCCAGCUACUAUGUCCACAUUGCCCAUCCGAAACACACUGGAACAACGUCACCAACCCUGGCAUCACGACCUCUGAACUUUGCCCCUUCCAGUUUGUGUCCUAAUCGGAUGACUGGCUCCAAGCUGCUGGGUCCACGGGUGUCCCAUCCCUCAGGGCUGGCCCACCCCGCCUACUGCAACUCUGUUGCUUCGCCUUGUUAUGGCGAUGCCUGCGGAAUCAGUGGCUACACCUACAGAGCCAUGCCUCCAGUCACCAGCAGGGGUUGUUCUUUCAGCACAGGAUGCACUGGAUGUACACAGAGCAUCAAAACAGAGGGUUACUCCUCCCCUCAGGGUGAGCAUAGCCCCUCUCUCCUGGUUCCCCCCUCCCUGCCCAUCUCCAGCUGCCCUCUGUCCAGCGUGCCCACUUCCACCCAGACUAAACCCCACCUGCUGACCCCCCUGUCAGGGCGAGACCAGCCCCAGGCCACGUUAAAGCUGGCCAGGGAAUGUCCGCAGAGCACCAAGCCCUCUAACGGCUCCCUGUCCAUGGGUCGCACACGGCUGCCACAGAAACAGCCGUCGCCCGUGCCAAGCCUCAGUAGCACCAAACAAAAGAAAAUCAGCCGCAGACGUGCCACCAAUGGCUGGAGGCCUGUUGGAAUGCCCACAGAGAGAGAGGUCUUCAUUGCGGGAGAGGAUGAGACGGCCCUGCGGCAGUGUUAUGAAGGAGUCGAGAGGGAUGGUGAAGUGAUACGUGUCAGAGACACCGUGCUGCUACGAUCGGGCCCAAGGAAGAAAUCCCUCCCAUAUGUUGCCAAGAUAUCAGCGCUGUGGGAGGAUCCAAAAACAGGAGAGCUGAUGAUGAGUCUUUUCUGGUACUACCGACCUGAGCACACCCAGGGAGGCCGAGAUCCCAGCGCACACUGUGAGAAUGAGAUUUUCGCCUCUCGGCAUCAGGAUGAAAAUAGUGUGGCCUGCAUAGAAGACAGAUGCUACGUUCUCCCACUAGCCCAGUACUGUAGAUUUUGUGCCUUGGUGAAGCGACGUGCCGAAGGCGCCCCACCUGGCAGCGCCAGCAUGGUGCCCUGCCGCCCCGACUUUGCACCCCCUUCUCACCGCUGUGUGCCCACAGACGUCGACCCCGAGCUGGUGUAUCUCUGCCGACACGUCUAUGACUUCCGCUAUGGACGCAUCCUGAAGAACCUACAGUAGAGGGCAGAAGGGUUGCCGCAUCUAUGAAUUAAUCGACACAAAGCUCCCGCUCGAAGCUCCUGUGGACCUCACGAUCCAAGGGAAGGGGGAUGAUGGGGUGGGGCUAGUUUUGGCAUGGGGCAGAUGAAGCAAAAAGUGUUUGUGACACAUUAUGAAGCACAGAUCCCUUUAGUCGACUACAGAAGGGGUUACAAUGUGAUGGAUUAAUCCAACUCAGUCAGAGCACCAAUAUUUCCUGGUUUGGAAGAGUGAGGAAGGGACUUUUCGUUCAUCAGUUGGGAUUUUUCAGAUUCCACAAUACUCUGAUUUUACAUGGAAGGUUGCCCCCCCCUGCCUGCCAGGAAUGCUGAGCACCAGACUGAACUGGGCUAUUGUCAGGACCGUGUUUUCCCCAAAGCAUCUUACCACAACAAUCAUGUUUGUUCCAUAUGUAAGCCAAUGGCUCAGGGAUGGUCCGCUGCUAAGGUGCUUCCGGGGAACACAAGCCUGCACUGUCAGCUCAAUCUUAACGGUGUUCAACCAGCCAGGGUGACAGAGCAGCUAAUGGAGAGUGUCGUCUAAUUUUUCCUGAUUUAGUUUGUCUCUGUGUGAGUGCGUUUGAGAAAGAGAGAGUGGGAGAGCGAGUGUUGUCAGUGUGGAUAAAUGGAUACAUGUGGGUAUGUGUGAUGGUUUUUUAGGAGGCUUUCAGGCAAUCAAACCAAACAAGCAGCUUUAGAGGAAGCGGAGCUCUCUCUCCCCGUCCUCUCUCCUAUGUGCCACAGCACACUGACACUGACAGAAACAUUUUCAUCUCAAGUGAUGCUCUGCACAAACUAAAAUACUGUACCUGAAGGGAAUAUGUGAGACAGAUCUUUCUCUACCAAACUCAACUCUACAGCAGGGCUUCUGUAACUUGGGGUCAGGACACUAAAAAUGGCUCUAAACUGAUUCUAUUAAUGAAAUCACACACAAAACAAAAGCCCCAGUGGAUCUUCAAAAUCAUUUUUCCUCUCAGCCACAGUCCACGUUUGAAGAAGUUCUAGAGAGACUCUUUUAAGUGUCCAAUGGAGAGAGCCCUGACUGAGGAGUUGAGACCCUCCUUAGCCAUGUGAAGGCUUAUCAAGGGGAGGGCCAUCUUUCAUAUUUUUUUUGUUUGUUUUGUCUCAUAUUUUUUCACUUUUGCUGUUCUCUGUGACUUGCCUUAUGACUUGCAGGUAGAGCUUUAGGCAGCUAGUCUCACCACAUAUGACAAGGAAGUGGUGGAAUGGGUUUACUGUGUCCCAGGAAAUAGGAUUUUGUUUCUAAUCCACUGACGGCUGUGACAUGAUCACUGAAAAUGCACUGGUUAGGGCUGCAACUAAUGUUGAUAAAAUCUCACAAAAUAAUGAAAAUUAGCCAUUAUGAUAUCUUACAGUCCAAGGUGACACUUUGUCUGUCAAAACCCAAAGAUAAUCCGUUUUUUUAAUCAUGUAGAGAAAGAAAAAGAUCAAAUCUUCACAUUUAAGAGGCUGAA